GCAUGUUAAAGGGGCAGGUACUUCUGAUGCGCUGAGUCAGGUUGGGGCCGAGAGAGCUCCAUAAAAAGGGCCAUGUUCAAGCCAAGAAGCCACCUCUCCAGAGGCUCUCUGAAGAUCUUCCACACCACUGAUUUCCAACAGUGAUCACUGCAUCUCAUUUCAUCUCUGCAUCUCUGUCAUCCCAGGAUCUCUAAGUAGACAUACCAUGGCAUCCACACAGAUCGUAAAGAAAAAGAAGGAGCUCACUACUGCCGCCAAGAUAAGAAAAGACACCGAGCUGAUCUUGGCACCCCAUGCCAACUGGGACAAGUAUUUGACUCCAGCUCCCAUGUCAGUUGCAGUGCUAGGAGAGUUAGUGUUCAUAUCUGCAAAAGAUGAUUUCUCCAUCAACAAAAACCCACCCAAAGACGGCUACAAGUACAUGAAGUAUCCCGAUUCAUUCAAAGCUUCUCUCAUGCAAGUGUGCAACAGUGGCUGGCAUGCUUUUAACGAUGCACACAACAGCAUGGACCAGAUUCGACUGCACACCGCCAACGUGCCAACCUAUGUUAGGCAAGCGGUUGAGAUCAUUCUCAUGGAUGAUGAUAAGCUGAUGACCAUUAUGUUGCCAAAUGUACUGGGCACUUUGGAGCAAACAACUAGCGCGUGUUUGUCUCUGUCCGAGUCUACCACUAAGAACUUCAAGUUCGUUGUUAGCUUAGUCCAUGAGCUGCUUGAAGCGAGCACAAACGCGCAUCAAGCUUACAACGUAGACCUCAAGAAAGUAAACCAAACCAUACAGGAAUACACGCUCAGACAGAAAGCAAAGGAGGAGGCGAGCAAACGAUCCGAACAAGAAUUGAAAGAGUUCAAGGAGAAGUGGGAGAAAGCGGAGAAGUUGUACGACGAGAUGAUGAAGAAGAUGCCAAGUGGAUGGGACAUGAUCGGGAUGAACCUGGCAGAGGGAAUGGCUGAGAGUCUCAAUACUCUAGUGUCAGGGUUAACCAAUAUUGUGACCUUAAACUUUGGCAAAAUGUUUGGGGAUGGAGGAUCUAGCCCUUCAGGCAAGCCAGAUAAACCAGGCAACUCUCAAGGACCUUCGAAGGUAGACCAAUACUUUGACGCGAAGGACAUCUACAGUAGAAGCACCACAAUCGUUUCUAUAAUUGAGCAACUGAAGGUUUGUUUCAAAGACGGCAAAAUAGAUUUUGCCCAAUUGUAUGACCAGAAGGAAGCCAAAGCAAAGACUGAUUGGAAUAAACAGUUCCUGAUCAAAGAGAAAGCUGAAGUUGCUCAAGGAAAAGAAUGUCCACCGAAGAAAGAAGCGUUAGCACUUUACGACGAAGGCAUAUCAAUCUGCAAUAAACUGGAAGAGAUUGCACCCAAAGAACAGUGUGAGCCUGAAGUCGAGCAAAAGAUCGCCAAAGAUAUUGAUGACCUGCUUGUGAAGGUGAAAACUUUUGAUUCAACAGGCAGACAACUCAGCGGCUCAAAUCCGAUGUCUGCAACACCUCCUCAGCUAAGCAAAGGGAAGAAGAGAGCUUCAGAGUACGCUGUGGAAAAUGCAAAAGUCAUGAUAGAAGAGGCCAGAAAAAAAUUGGACAGUGCUAGGGAUGUCUACACCAAAUCCAUUGACAGACUGGAGAAGAACAAGCAGGAAAUGACCGAUAUUCUUACUACUUUAGCCAGUGCUGAUAUCCAGAAGAUUGACUUCAAGACCACCUUGGAGUUCCUAGGCCUCGGCCUUAAGGCACUGGCAAACGUGAAGGAGCAAUGGGAGAAGAUGGUGCAGUUCUUUCAGGUCGUGACAAACAUCAUCAAAGCCGCCUUGAACAGUGCCACAGUGUCGUUCAAGAAGCAAGUGGAGUCAGCUGCAGAGCUCCACCAAGCAGGCCUUACAAGCUACAACAGUGUCAAGUUUGUCAAAGACGGCGUGUACACCCAAGCUUUCCAAGUCAGCACUUUGUCCAAUUUGGUCCACUUGAUCUCUACAACAUACGUCGAGGUCUCAGACAAGCACAUCAUGGACAGGAUCAGUAGUCUGGGAAGGCUGAUGAACCUGGACGUCAGCUCGCCUGAGUUUCAACGUGAGCGCAUGACCUUGCAAAGUGGAUGCAAGCAGGCCCAGGCCGCUAUAGAGCAGCUGGUCAAGAAGAACAAGAUGGAAUUCCAAUCGCAGGUUGCAAGUCGACUGAGUGAAAUCACCGAGUUGGAAGCAUUGCUACCCCCUGCUACCCAAGAGCAAGAGAAGAAGGUUCAAAUGAUCGUCAAUUCUCCUUCAGCUGAAGAUAUGGAUCAGUUUUACUAAGAUGUCCUUUCCUUUGGCAGCAAAGGUCAAAGUGUCACAGUUCACCGCUGAGAAAUGAAUUGUUUGAAGAUUAGCUAAACUUAGAUCAGUCGUACAUUUCAGUGAGAAUGUCAGCUUUCAAUGUUUUAAUCUUAAUGUUAGUUCCAGUUCUGUUAUUUACUUAAAGUUCAGGCUACACAAGAUUCUAUUCAAAUUGUCACAAAAUUGUACAAAUGAACGAAUGAAUCAGCCUUCAGCUCCCUGCUGUACCACCAGUCAGAACACUUGUGGAAGUGUUCGCCUUCAUUUUCAAGAGAAGUAAUCCAGUUAAAUGCAGUUGAAGACAAAUUUAGAACUUUUAUGAUUUUCAAAUUAUCUAUUUUUGAUUUUCAAUUUUAGCAUAUCCUUCUCAUUGAUUUUCUUUAAUCUAUUUUGAGUUUUUGUCUUCACUGCAUUCAUCACAGCCUGAUAACUCAUGAGAGAGAGAGGCUACUGUACUUCAUUGUAUUUUGAUGAUGAAAAUAAAUGUGCCAUUAUAAAAUAUGUUCUGUUUCUCUGCAUGUUUAAUGUGUACCAUUAUUUUGUCAGCUAUAGGGAGGCAAAUUAUCGAUUAAUUCAUUAAUCAUUAGUUGAUAGCCUUAUCGAUCGACUUACGAUUACAGUAAUUGAUAAGCAGCGUAUUCCCCCUGAAAUCUCAAUGUUUCUCUAAAAUAACCUACUAAAUAAUAAAAAAAAAUUAGAUAUUGAGAUUAAAUACCACAUUUAAGUUCUAUUUCAAUUCUUUAAUCCAAAGGUGAUUUAAAUAUUCCCGCUAUUCACACCCCUCCUCACACACACUCUUCACAUAGCCUAUCCAUUUCACCUGGGUCUGUUGUCAGUUGAAUUGUCGAUUAAUUGCGAUUAAUGUUUUUUAAUCGAUUAAGGCAUUAAGGCAGGGGUCAGGAACCUUUUUGGUGGAGAGAGCCA